AUGAGUACAUUACCAAAUGAAAACACAUAAUCUUCUCAAGCUAGCAAUCAACAUCAACCUAAAUAAAUAUUUUCAGUUGAGAUUCUUUCGAAAAGAUCCACUUAAAAUUAAAACAAUGCUAUCCAACUUAGUUAAAAUUUUUAGUCAUUGUCUCCAACUCCCAUCUUCACUAUUCACAAAGAGCCAAGAAGUCAGGCUUCAGAUCCAACUAAUAAUAUUUUAAUUAAAGGAGAAUUGGAUCUCGAAUAAGCAAGUAGAAAGCCUAAUAAUACUACCUAUGAGGAAGUUAUAAACUGUGACACAUUUUCAUCAGCCCAGUUAGCUUAAAAUCAAAAUUUAACAGACUAGACAUAUUAAUGGGGCUAACCACAAAAAUCGCGUGGCAGACGAAAAAUCGCUAAACUUGUUGAGAAUUCAGAUAUAGUCUCAUUAAAAAGGAAUAUCUUUAGAUCACAUAAAUAUAUCAUCUGCAAUAACGUUAAUGGCUUCACAUUCAAGUUGAGAAAGAAGUAUGAACAUGACAAAUCUCUCCUUAAAAAAAUUGAAGAUGUCAUUUAAAUGUUCCAAGAAUGUUGCUCUUACGAGCAUUAGAAAAAGAUCUAAGGUAAAUUAAGAGAUGGUAACAAAUACUAUCAUGAACUUAUUGGUGACCCUUGCUAUAGACAUAAUACAAAGAACAUCAUAAAGUUUUUGAAGCAUCCAAUCUGUAAUCUCAUAUUCAGAGAAGCAGUAUUAGAAAACCAAAUAUUUGAGAGAUAACCCUUCAAGAUAAGCAUCAUUCAUUAGAUCUAGGAGCUAUAUAAAGCAGCUUUGGAUAUCUGA